UAAGAGAUUUUUUUUCUCCGUAGGGGCGGUGGUUUGGUGGUGCCAAUGAAAGCUACUGGCUGUGCGAACGGAGGAUAUGGUGCAGCGCGUCUAAUCCCUUUCCCUUCCUAAAAUCAUUCCCCACUCGCAUCUCGCCUGAUCUGGACCAUGGAGGAGGAGGAGGAGGAGGGAUCUAAGAAGGACAACUCUCUGGUGUCGGAAGCAGAGGCGGAGGCGGAGGCGGCGGCGGCGGCGGCGGCCAGCCUCCUCACGGACGACCUCAUCAUGGAGAUCCUGUCACGGCUCCCCGUCAGGUCAGUCCACCGCUUCAAGUGCGUCUGCAAGCGCUGGCGCGACCUCAUCGCCUGCCCGGCCCACCGCGAAAAGCUGCCCCAAACCCUUGCCGGCUUCCUCUACACCACCUACCCCGGCGGCUACCGCCACCACCUGGCCGCCGUCUCGGCAGCCACGGUCAUCGAUUCCGUCGACGCUUCCCUCGGUUUCCUGCGGCCUAUGAAUUACACCAAGAUCCGCCUGGUGGACACCUGCAACGGCCUCCUCCUCUGCUCCUGCUACAACAACAACAACGAGGAACGUCUGGUCGUCUGCAAUCCCGCCACCCAGAGGUGGACCGAGCUGCCCCCACCUCCGCAGCCGCAGCCAACCACAGAUUACUGUGCCCAACACCUGGCUUUCGAUCCGGCAGUUAGCCCAUCCCAUUUCUGCGUCCUCGAUUUCGAAGCCACUGUCAAGGAAUGGCAUCUCACAGGAGUGAGCAUCUACUCAUCCAGAACCAGAGCCUGGACUCAUAGGGAUAUUGGCUUGGUUGACAAAAUUGUGCUGGUCUCCGGAAGUGUCUUUGUUGGCGGUAUGCUGCACCUGCCCGGCAAGCUGUGCAAGGACGGCCGCAACUCCAUUGAGGAUGACGACAACUUUGUGCUGGUCCUUGUAGACAAGGAGUGCAAGGCAUGGAAGACGGUCCGUGCGCCGCGCGGUUUCUACUCCGGUGCAAUUGGAUUGUCACAGGAGUGCUUGCACUAUGUUACUCGAUCUCCAGCUCCUCUCACCAUACUUGAUGACGACAAUGAGGAUACACUCCUCCUAGCAAGCGAGAUUGCAGUCUGGUGCCUUAAGGAUUAUGAUAGUCGAGAAUGGGUCUUGAAGCAUACUGUCAGGAUCGAUAAGCUGCUGAACGUAAUUGAGAAGGAAUACUCGGUGGUUGGGAUCCAUCCGGACUGCGAUACCAUCUUCUUUGUUACUAGGGGUGCUUAUGAUGGCGAUUCAUGGGAUGAUGCUUCGUUGGCAUCAUGGGAUAUGCGGCGUCUGGAAUUCCGUACUGUCGUCAACCUUGAGAAAGGCAGUGCUGGUAUAUAUCUACCUUAUGUUCCUAUGUUCUCAGAGUCAACAUUAGCAGACGGAGAUGACCUCUAGCUAGCGUUACCUUCAGUUCAAUUCAUGCUUGGCCAUGCUUUGUGAAAUAAUCGGCUUUUCUGUAUGUCGGCUGCAUAAAAUAUGUAUGUAUGUAUGUGGACAUGCACUUCUUAAUUAGUCUACUUGAAUUGUGUCCUUCAAGUUGUUCCGUGGGGCUGAGUUUUACUGUUAUCCAGCUUACUUGGCCAUAACAUGUCAUGAUUGUGAUUGUCCUGAAUCCCAGUGUUAGUGAGUGCCACUCGUGAACUUUUUCUUUUCUAUGUAUUUUCACUCUAGUUGAUGUGUUUAGUCUUGUGUAGUUGAUGAAUUCAGUAGAUACUUGAAAUGAGCUUUGUCCAGUUGAUGAGUUCAUCAAUUAAUGGCAUAAUAAUGAAAAAGAAUGCAAACUUUUCCUGCUGUAUCUUCAACAUGCUGCGAGUGAUGUACCUGGUGAUGCACUGUUGCUCCCUCUUCACCGAGGAUGCGCCGUCGCUCUCCAAGGGUUCAGGUAGCCGGUACACUACCACUGAGAGAGCACAAGUGGGUUGGGGUCUCUGGGUGUUCAUGUUUCAGGCGCUCCUACCUGACGGCUAGGGUUGAUGUGGCCCUGACACUACCACAAGCAGAGCAGAAGUGUCUGGGGUGUUUGUGUUUGUCACAGAUAUAGGCCUUUCAGGCAGCUAUUUAUUUUACUAUAUGGACGUUCCUUCACAAAGUUACAUAGCCCCUUCAUCGUAUAUGCAGCUUGCAGGCAGAGCAUAGUUUGAACCUACAAUAAUUACGCUGCCCAUAAUUUUUUUGUAUAUUUGUGUUAGGACAGGGACUUUGCUUCGAUCAUAACUUUGCAAUUUGGACCUACAGUUCUCUUGUAGUCUUCUUUUCAUUCCAGUUUAUCUAUAUAAUCUUUAAUGCCUUUUAAUCUUCUGUUCACACUCCACAAUCUGGCUGAGUAUACUGCCUUAUUGGGAUAUAUGCGGUGUCUGGAAUUCUGUACUGUCCUUGACCUUGAGAAAGGCAGUGCUGGGAUAUAUGUACCUUAUGUUGCUAUGUUGAGUCGACAUUAGCAAAUGGAGAUGUGCUCUACCUAGUGUUACAUUCAGUUCAAUUCAUGCUUGGCCAUGCUCCGUGAAUUAAUCGGCUCUUCUGUAUGUAGGCUGCAUAAUAUAUGUAUGCAUGUGGACAUGCACUUCUUAAUUAAUCUACUUGAAUCGUGUCAUUCAACCUGUUUGUGGGGCAAAAUUAUACUAUUAUUAUCCAGCUUACUUGGGCUUAACAUGUCAUGAUUGUGUUUGUCCUGAAUCCUAAUAUUAGUGAGUGCCACUCGUGAACUUUUUUCUUCUUAUGUUUGUUUGCUCGAGUUUAUGUAUUUGGUCUGGUGUAGUUGAUGAAUCCAGUAGAUAGCCGAAAUGAGUAUUUCCCAGUUGACGAGUUCAUCAGUUAAUGGCAUAAAUGAAUGCAAAACUCUUGCUGCUGCAUCUUCUGCUGGGUCUAUCCUGUACGAGUAUCAUGUACCUGACGGCACAGGAUGGUGAGACAAGAGGCCAGCUUCAAGGGCAACAACUGUUGCUAUGGUGGCUUGUUGGGAAGCUGUGGCUACUCCAUCACGCCUCUAUGGUGGCACCACUACUCACGUCAAAACCAAUCUCUGGAAGAGGAAGGGGCUAGGAUUCAGGUCGCUGGGACAACAGCACUGGCAGAGCACGAACACAAACACCUCAUCCCAGCAAUAGUUCUUCCAGCUGCUUGCAUGACCAAGAUGUGUUGUGUCCUUACAAUAUCUAUUCUAUCUUCCUACGCCGCAUUGGUAGAACCAGCUGAUCCAUUCCGGUUACUGUAUUAGAAUUUAAGAAAUUUGAUUUUCAGAGUUACAGUUGAUGCUUAAUGUAAGAAAAGAAAGGGAAAAAGACUAUGGGAUGGUUUGUAAUAUGACAUGUAAAAUGUUGAUUGCUAACAUAUAAUGCAUUUUGUAUUGAACUAA